ACAACAAAAAACAUUGCUAUUGGUGGUGUAAAACAAUUUAUUGAUUGAUACGAAACGAAUCAAAAAAAUGGGAACAACCGUGUAUCCUGAGCUUUAUACAAAGGGAACACGUGUUUGGAUCAAACAUCCAACCGAUGUUUGGUAUUGUGCUGAGAUAAAAGAAAAUUUUGAUAAAAAUUCUGGUCAUUUAUUAUUGAUACCAUAUUAUGGUAAUGAUGGUGGAUAUGGUGAUAAUAAAAUUGAUGCGGAUGUGGAUGAUAAGGAUGAUGAAAAUUUCAAAGAAAAAACAUUGACAAUAAAAGAUUUACUAAAAGAUCUGCCACCAUUAAGAAAUCCAGACAUACUGAUUGGAUCGAAUGAUUUAACAUGUCUUUCGUAUUUACAUGAACCAUCUGUACUUUAUAAUUUGAGGAUACGUUUUUUAAAACAUCAACAAAUCUACACAUGGUGUGGUAUUGUAUUGGUUGCCAUCAAUCCGUUUACUGAUCUCGAAAUAUAUGGCGAAGAUACGAUACAAAUGUAUCAUACGAAUCUGGCGAAUCUAGCACAAAUGGAUCCACAUAUUUAUGCCGUCGCUGAAGAUGCAUUCACUAAAUUAGAACGUAAUAAUAUUAAUCAAUCGGUUAUUGUGUCUGGCGAAAGUGGUGCAGGUAAAACAGUGUCGGCAAAAUUUGCCAUGCGUUAUUUUGCAUCCAUAGCUGGUUCAGAUUCCAAUAUCGAAACACGUGUACUGGCAUCGAAUCCAAUAAUGGAAGCAAUUGGUAAUGCAAAAACCGUUCGUAAUGAUAAUUCAUCGAGAUUCGGUAAAUACAUUCAAAUAUUGUUUGAUCGUCGUAAUCGUCAUAUAAUGGGCGGUAAUAUGCGUACAUAUUUAUUGGAAAAAUCACGUGUCACUUAUCAAGGUGUUGGUGAAAGAAAUUUUCACAUUUUCUAUCAGCUAUGUUCAUAUGCCAACCAGAACCGAUUAGAUUAUCUUGGAUUAUCGAAUGAUCAACGACAAUUUGUUUAUCUUGGUUCAAAUGAACCAACCGCAUAUGAUGAUAUGACAAGAUUUUUAGAAGCAUUAGAUACACUUGGUUUUAGCGCGAAACAACGUGAUAAAUUAUUCGCUGUAAUUGCUGCCAUAUUGCAUGGUGGUAAUAUUAUGUUUCAACGUAGACAACAAGAUGAUGAUGAAAGCUGUACAUUGGCUAAUCGUGAAUCAUUGGAUUCAUUGCAAACAUUUUGUCGUCUAUUAGAUUUGAAUGAAUCAUCAACAUUGAAAUGGUUCACUAGUCGUCUGUUGAAAACCGGUGGCCAUGAAAUAAUUGCAACACCAUUGAAUGCACAAAUGGCACAAUAUGGUUUGGAAGCAUUAUUGAAAUUUAUUUAUGAAAAAUUAUUCCUAUGGAUUGUAUCGAUGAUCAAUCAAUCAUUGGGACCAAUAUCAACACAACAAUCAAUGAAAGAAUAUCAAUUCAUUGGUGUAUUGGAUAUUUAUGGUUUUGAACAUUUUGAAAAUAAUUCAUUUGAACAAUUUUGUAUCAAUUAUGCUAAUGAAGUACUACAACAACAAUUUAAUUGGCAUGUAUUCAAAUUAGAACAAGAUGAAUAUGUACGUGAAGGUAUUGAUUGGCAAUUUAUUACAUUCACCGAUAAUCAACCAGUAAUUGAUCUGAUUGAAUCAAAACCAAUCGGUAUUUUAUGUUUACUAGAUGAAGAAUGUCGUAUGCCACAAGGUAAUGAUCGUACAUGGUGUUCAAAACUAUAUAAACAAAUUACUGUUGGCGAUGUUUUUAAAAAACCAAAAUUUAAUUUUCAAACAUCAUUUAUUAUUGAACAUUUUGCCGAUGUUGUUACAUAUAAUGUUGAUGGUUUUCUAGAAAAAAAUCGUGACACAAUAUGGGAAGAACAGAUUGAUCUACUUAAACGUUCAUCGGUUGUUGAAUGUUUAUUUAUGGAUGAUAAAAUUGUACAAACACCACCAUCAACCAAAGGUGCUGGUGGUAAGAUACGUGUUAGUAUGCCACAAUCUGAUCAACGACGACAGAAAAAGAAAGCCAAAGCAACAAUUGGAUUUCAAUUCCGUGAAUCAUUGGAAGCAUUGAUGAAGAUUCUUAAUUCCACUGAACCACAUUAUGUUCGUUGUAUAAAACCAAAUGAUAAUAAAGCAGCAUUUGAAUUUAAUAAUAUACGUGCUGUACAACAAUUACGUGCAUGUGGUGUAUUGGAAACCAUUCGUAUCAGUUCAAAUGGUUAUCCAUCAAGAUGGUCAUAUCAGGAUUUUGCAAAUCGUUAUCGUGUAUUACGUGUUGGUUGCUGUCAUGCCAUUACUACGCCGACUAAAACAAAAUCGACUGAUGCAAAAAAUGUACCAAAACCAACGCCAAGAAAAUUAGUACGUGCCGGUUCUAGUUUUGCUGUUGAAAUUCGUGCCAUUUGUGAAGAUAUCGUAAAAAUUGUUUAUGAGGAUAAAAUCUAUUCGCAUUUCAAUCUAAGUGAUAGUUCAAAUGAACAACAAAAAACAACUACAGAGCAACAACAACAACAACAACAACAAGAAAGAAAACCAUAUCAAUUUGGUAAGACAAAAAUAUUUUUUCGACCUGGUCAGGUGGCUCUGUUGGAAAGGAUACGAUCACAGAAACUUAGAGAAUGUUCCAUACUUAUACAGAAAAUGAUUCGUGGUUGGUUACAACGAAAACGUUAUCAACGUAUACGACAAGCUGCGGUUGCCAUACAAAAAUAUGGCCGUGGUUGGCUUGCACGACGAUAUUAUCAACAUCUUCGUCAAACUAAAGCGGCCACCAUUAUACAGAAACAUUGGCGAAGAAAUGUUCAACAAUGUCGUUAUCAAACUAUACGAAAAAGUAUUAUGGCUUUACAAACUAGAGGACGUGCAUAUUUGGCACGUAAACGUUAUGAAAAUAUGCGCCAGAAUCGUGCCGCUAUCACCAUACAACGAUAUUGGCGUGGUUAUUGGGUACAAAAACAGUACCGAGACACAAGAAAAAAGAUUAUCAUUGCUCAAUCUUGUGUGAGAAGAUUUUUGGCCAAAAAAGAAUAUCGUCGAUUACGAAUCGAAGCACGUAGUGUUGAACAUGUUACAAAUCUCAAUAAAGGCCUGGAGAAAAAGAUUAUGACCUUACAGGAACGUAUUGAUGAUUUGAUUGAAGAAAAUCGAUUAUUAAAAUUGACUGAAGGUCGUUACACUACUUUACGUCAUGAAAUGGAACAAAUGGGAAUGGAAUUGACCGAAAUAAAAACACGACAACGUCAAGAUCAUUUACAGGCACAAAAUUAUCAAUCACAAAUUGAAAAAUUGAUUACAGUGAAUAAAGAAUUGGAACAAAAAGUUUUACGCUUGGAGGAGACAAAAUCUGAAUUGGAAGAAAGAAUUCGUGAAACUCUAAAUGAUAAAAAACAAAUGGCUGAUAAUAUUGAAAAAAUUGAUGAAGCAAUCCAAAAACGUGAACAUGAACUUCGUGAAGAAUUUGAACGUGAACGACGAAUUUUGAUUGCCCAAUGUGAAGAGGAGAAAACAUCAAAACAACAGCUGUUAUCCAGAUAUAUGGAUCUUGAAGGGAAACAGAUAGCAACAGUUGAACAGCAACGAUCUGUCAAUCAACGAUUGUUGAAUCGUUUUAAUGGCGAUGAAGAAACCAAUACAAAUUCAUUGCAAUCCGAUAGACAAGAAGAUUUUGAUUCCAAUCUGGAUCGUAUUUCAAUCAUGAUGCAAUGUACAGAAUUGGAACAAGAGAUGAAAAAAUUGUUGAUUGAAAAUCAAAAACUACGUGAACAAAUAGCAAAAACGAUUGAUGAUAAAGUUCCAACCGCUGCUGCAUCAUUAUUAUCGGAACAAUUUGAAGAACUACAGAAUGAAUUGGUUCGUUAUAAAAAAGAACGUGCCGAUCUUAAACGUGUAAUAUUGAUGGAAGAUCAUCUUACUACAUUCAAUGGUGAACCGAAUCAAAAAGCCAAACACCAAGAAGAUCUAGUCGCUACAUAUAAAAAUUUAUUUGCCAAAUUGGAUGAACAAAUUGCCAUUAAAGAUGAAAUGAUACGAAAAUUAAAUAAUCAAAAUUUAUACUUGAAAUAUUCAAAUAAACCACUAUUGUUGUCGUCGUCAAUCGUACCUGGUCAUUCAAAUAUGGAUGGAAAUAAUUUAGCUAUCAAUACAAACGUUGAUUAUAAUUGUGAUGAGACGAAAAGUUUACUUGGAAUGUUUAAAUUUUUUGCCAAAGAUAGUUCAAUGAUAAAUCGAAUCCUGUUUUAUGACUUUGAUCCAACCAAUAUGAAUUAUGCAAGUCAAUGUCAUUCACAUACGAUUGCAUUCAUUAUCUAUAUGUGUGUUCGUUAUGCCGAUAAGAUUGAUUAUGAAAAAAUGGCACAAGAUUUUAUGUUCAAUGUGAUUACAUGGAUCAAGAAAAAAUCAUCAUUAGCAGCAUCGAAAAAUCAAACAGAAAUUCUAGUCCAUUUAUUGUCGACAACGUUUAAAAUUGCCAUUUUAAUUAAAUACUAUUCAGAAUACUACUUUGAAGUGGCCGAACAAGAUGCGGAACAAACAAAAAAUUCACAAACAAAAACAAUGGACAAUAUUGAUUCUGGUUUUAAUGAUGAAAAUAAAGAACAGAAAAAAACAAAAACUAUUAAUGGUGGUCAAACUAUUGAUGCCGAUUGUGAACCAAAUGAAACAGAUGAAGCAAUUGAAUCUGAUUAUGAUCGUGAUUAUGUUCAAUCAUUGAAAAAUUUUGAUCUAACUGAAUACAUUAAAUAUCUAAAUGAAUUAAUGGUCUAUAUGUAUUUUAAAAUAAUCAAAAUUUUUGAAGAUAGAAUUCUAUCAUUAACUGUAGCCGCUAUAUUGGAACAUCAAGAAUUGUCUGGAAUGUCAUUGAGACAAAAACGUGAUGAAAAUUCUGAUCCAGAUUCUGGGCCACCAUCACCAACGGAACGUGAAAUUCAUACACUGUUUAAAGAGCUAUCUAAUAUGCAGGCAAUAUUUCGGCUACAUCGUUUAGAUGAACAUUUUAUCUAUCAAUUUUUCAAACAGAUUUUCUAUUUUAUUGGAAUGACCGCUUUAAAUAAUCUAAUGAUGCGUAAAGAUUUAUGUACAAAUGAACGUGCCAUUGAAAUCAUUUACAAUGUAUCAUUGUUUGAACAAUUUUUACGUGAAAAUAAAAUCAUGAAUUGGGACGAGGUUAAAUCACAAAUGGAUCCAAUAUUGCAGGCUACCAAAUUGUUGAUUUCAACCAAAACGGAAAAACAAAUACCAGCGAUUGUAUUCACAACACAAUCAUUAUCUAUACCACAAAUAAUCAAAAUAAUCAACAUGUAUACACCAUCGGAUGAGGAACAUAUAUCGAGAAAUUUUAUUAAAAAUCUUAAUAAAGAAUUACAAGAACAACGUUUAUUAAAAGAUGGUGGUACAACACAAACUGAAACAUCAACAUCAUAUCUGAUGAAUACGGCACGUGAAUUUCCAUUAUACAUUCCAUUUAUUGAUAAAAAUUUUGACAAUAACAUUUCACCAUUACAAGCUACAGAUUUGACUUGUGAUUUACAAAAGAUUGAUAUACCAAUCAGUUUACAAAGAUUGGAAAGAUUUCUAGAAAAGAUUUAAUAAACAGCGUUCAUCAUUCAUUCAUUCA